AUGAACUGUCGGCUGGAGGCGCCGCCGCUCGGGCCGCGGUGCGUCUCCUUCCCGGUGACGCCCGUCACGGCUCUCAUCCCGGCCACCGACCCGCUCCUGCUGCUGGGCAGCUCGGACUCGGUCGCCGCCUACCUGACCGCCUGCCGCCAGCACGGCGCCGCGCCGCUGCCGGCGGUGCUGUGGCUCUCGCUGGAGCGCACGGCACCGGACGAGCCGGCGGCCGCCGCGCUCGGCCGCAGUCUGCGCACCGGCGGGCUGCGCGUGCUGCACCUGGAGCGGUGCGCGUUGCACGGCCGGCCGCUGGCGCUGCUGGCCGCCGGCCUGCGCCACUGCGCCGCCCUGCGCCAGCUGUACCUGGCCGACAACGGGCUGGGCGCCGCCGACGGCUCGCUGCUGGGCGGCGCGCUGCGGCACAACCCCGCCCUGCAGCUGCUCGACCUGCGCAACAACCAGCUGGACGACGACGCCGCCGGCUACCUGCUGUCGGGCGUGGCCGAGCAGCAGCCGGCGGCGCCGCUAACCGGUCUGCUCGCGCUCAACCUGUGGAACAACCGGCUGACGGCGGCCGCGGCGGAGCCUCUCGCCGUGCUCCUCCACCGUCACCCGACGCUGGAGACGCUCAACCUGGGUCAGAACGCGCUGGGCGACGAGGCGGCGCCGCUGUGGAGCGGGCCGCUGCGACGCGGCAGUCCGCUGCGCCGGCUCGGUCUGCAGCGCUGCCGCCUCGGCGCCGGCGCCGCCGCCGAGCUGGGCCGCGCGCUGGCCGCUGGCGCGCCGCUGCGUCGACUGGACCUACGCGGCAAUCGGCUGGGCCUGGACGGGCUGCGCGCGCUGGCGGCGGGCCUGCGGGCCAGCACCAGCCUCGGCCAACUGGACCUGGACAGCGACGGCUGCUCGCCUGAGCGGGCCGACUCGGGCAUCGACUCGCCACGCGAGCCCGGAGACGGCGGCAGCCGAACCUCGCAGGACACGGCGCUCUCCAUGGACUCGAGCGACGCCGCCAGUGGAGACUGCCUGGACGCCAGCGGUCUGGCCAGUGGCGGCUGCAGUCUGGGCUCUGCCGAUAUGGCCAACUCGCUCGACUCUUCCAGCCUGCAUAGCUCGGACUGGUCUGCGAGUGAACUCGUGGCGGACUGGACGGCAGCCGGUCCGGAGGUAGACGCGGAGCCCGGCCCGUCGCCGUCGGCCAGUCCGCUGCCGAGUCCGACGCCGGGCGGCUCGCGGUUCCGCGUGUUCCGCGUGACACCGGCCGGCCCGCCCGCGCCGACGACUCUGCCAACAUCGACCUCGCGCGCGCACUUCGCGCCGGGCACGGCCGGCCGGGGCGAGCGGUGA